GAUGAUGGGUUUGGUUUCUUCAAGAGUGCCAUUGCCUCAUAACGUUCAAGAGAAUGAACCAAUAUUUGUCAAUGGGAAACAGUAUCAUGCAAUCCUCCGUCGCAGGAAGCACCGUGCUAAACUCGAAGCUCAGAACAAACUCAUCAAAUGCCGUAAACCGUACCUACAUGAGUCUCGCCAUCUUCAUGCUUUAAAGAGAGCUAGAGGCUCCGGUGGACGUUUCCUCAAUACAAAGAAGCUUCAAGAAUCAUCAAACUCUCUGUGUUCUUCUCAAAUGGCAAAUGUACAGAAUUUCUCUAAGAGCCCUCGCGGUGGUGGAAGCGGAAUCGGCUCUAGUUCAAUCACACCGAGCUCCAGUUUAAACCGUAUCAACACACCAUGUCUCAGCUCUCAUGUCAGGGACAUGAGGUACCUGAGAAGGAUCUUGCUCCGGGAGAACUCCGACAAAUUCCGGCGACUGGUGAUCAUAUAUGACGGGAAGUCAUCCUUGGCUACUUAUUCUUAUCGGUUUCUUUACAAAUAUUCUUCCUUUAAAAACUUUGCUUUCCAUAUCCUCUGCAAUCUCACACUCUAUAUAGAGUGGCUUGAAGAACUUUUAAAUCAUUGUCAAACUAUUUUUGUUAAUUGAAAAUUUCGGAUUCUCUCGAGUACAA